UGGUGCCUUUCUAGCCGUCUAGACAGGCAAGGCAUCAGUGGCCUGCAGUCUGCCUGAGUGCCUCACCGAGAAGCUUCGCCCACCCCAAGCUCGCCUCACCGAUUUUUUAAGGUCUAUCCCAACUCGCCACGGUUCAGCGACAAAAUGUCGCGGCAUCGGCGUGUUCCGGUACUUAUAUGAGGCCUGUCCCUUUUUUUGACGUGUCGAGUCUGCACCAUGUUAUAUCAUUAGCCUAGGGACGUCUCUCCAAUCUUGCCGUGCAAUAACGCCUUUGCCAUCCUUUCAUCAUAAAACUUCGAGUUCAGUACCCAGCUCUCAAUGCCUUCGAAACAUAGUCCCCGGGCCGUCAUUUUUCAGGGCAGCAGUCGUCGAUCAACCUACAGGGCACCGGGGUCCACCUGCACCACGUUAUCUUCACCACACUCCCAGAUUAUCUCCUCAAUGGAUUCCUCAAACGCUUCCCGGUCAACUAUCGAGGCACGGUAUCGAACCGGUUCCUCAGACACAUUUUACGUCGACGUCAAAGAGAUUAAGAACCCGCGGGGCGGCCCGAAUACUGUGAUUGUCCAGCAGUACCGCCCAAACCCGGACAAGGAUGAACCGAGGUCGUCAGAUCGGUAUUCCGACGGCUACUACAGCAAGAAGUAGCAACCAGGGCUGGGGGUAUGCUCCCCCAUGAAGCAUGAGCGCUGUGGUCUAGAAGUGCCCUGUCUAGUAUUAUCCCUUUUUGGCGUCGGCUUGGUUGUUCAUAGACGUUCACG